GUGAUCCAGUAUCCACAUUUUAAUCGAAAUUCCCCUCCAGAAAAACAAGAUCACAAGACAACAUGUUGUGGUAUUAUGGCAGUGUCACUUGAUGUUUUCCUUCAUUAAAACCAACACCAAUAGCAAGCAUGGCGAACGAUGCGCCUUUUGUAUCUAGGCCAACGUUAACGGACAUCGACCCUGAACUACUGAGAAAUAUUUUUGCCCAAGAAACGAGAUAUUUUCAGCAAAACUGCACGGCAGUCGAUAGCUCUGCUAGCCGACCAUGCACGUCGCCCGAGGAAGAGGGCGAUUCUCUUCUUAUCAAAGUUGCAAACUGUUUGUUGAGACAUGGAGAUGGGAUUAAAAAAGUUCAUAGUUGCUUCAAACAAUUGACUCCUAGGCAAUAUUUGGUGCAUGUGAAACCAUGUCAAAUGGAACCAGAUAAUUUCACAGUGGUUACAGAUGAUUAUAGAAGACCUUAUUCAGGGAGUGAAACACCGGAAGUUACAAAUAAAGAAUCAGGCAGUCAACUCCAUCCUCAGGAAUUGGAAAUUUAUGAAUGUGCCUUAUUUGCUGCACAAUACCCUGUCUUGGCGAACCCUGAUGAUUCUCUUGACAUCACCGUCCGGUCAACGCGAAGACCAAGUGAAGUUAGUGAUCUCAGCGGUGAGAGGUGUUAGUCAAAGAGAUGAGAGAACUCCAGUUGAUCUUCAACAGCGACUGCCACCCGUAUUUUAACGUUG